UAUAGGAAUAUUACAAUGGAUCGCCACACAAGCAGAGAUCGCUCGCCAUUCCGAGGAAGUCAAAUACAACCAUCUAUACGCAAGGAGAAAAAAACGGAAAGGAAUAAUGUGCUGACCUACAAGAAACUGCAAAAAAUGCCACUCAAUUUACGCAAACAGGCAGUUCGAGAGGCUCGCAAUAGAAACGAACCAAUUCUCGGAAAGAAAAAAAAGCGGAAGAGGAAUCCCCGUGUUGUUAAGAAUGCCCGCCGCCUACGGAACGACUUUGAUCAAGCCGAACACAAAGCCAUGUUGGCCAGCACUUCCGAGGAACUACGACGCAUCCUGCAGGAUAUUGAGACUCUCUCGGACAUUCCGCACGAUAUAACAAACAUUGAACUGCGUGGCGAGAUAGCCAUCGCCGAGGGACGGGCUACAACGAUCUAUGUGCAGCGAGAUGGACUCAGCACCCUCACAGUGGUGCUCCACCAGCACGAGCCCACGAUCGCUCAGCUGAAGAGGGCAAUUGCUUUGAUCUCGCGGGCACAGCACAAGCGCAGCCAACGCGAGCGGUGCGAAGAGCGUCUUCGGCGUCGGGGAAUCGCCGACGACUCCGACGAACGACGGCAACCAGUUCCGGUGGCCAGCUCCACCGGCGAGUUAGUUCACUCCGCUCAUCGCAACGGGCAUGAUCAUCGCGCGUUCGUCUCGUGGCGGUUUCUAUGGCGCUGUUUUGGACUGCUCAACGUGGACACGAAUCAGCCGAUCGACGACCAACGCUCCAGCGGCAGGGCUACUUUAAAAGAGCUGGGCAUUGAGAACGCAGCCACCCUAAAGUUCGUCCAUCGCGUCAAGUACUUCGGUCGCCAGCGACAGAGUUGAAGACAGCCAAAACCAAUGAUAGUACCUCAAACGAUUGUCAACCAACCGAUUGGAAAGUCGGGCAGCAAAUCGCGGUUAAUAUGGAUCAACUGGUUUGGCUUUCGUUUUGCAUUUCAAUCGGCUUUUCGCUCCUGGGAAAUUUCUCCACUGGCCUUCCGUUUGAGGAUGGCAAUAAUAACAACGUUAAAAUAACCCGCCGGAGCUUGGAGCUAACGCAAACCAUUAAUAUACAACGCCAGGAGUUCAUGCAGCGCCAAUGCGAGCUGCUUGGCGACCACACACAAACUUUGGAGGAUCUCAGCGAGCUGCAGAUGGACCACAUGAUCGUGGACAAAAAGCACAAACUUCUCUACUGCUAUGUGCCCAAGGUUGCCUGCACAAACUGGAAGCGUGUGCUAAUGAUGCUCACAAACAAGUGGCACAACGGAACCGAUCCCCUACAGAUUCCCGGAUCCCUGGCCCACUCCGUGGGCAUGUUCACUAAGCUCUAUGAUCUAUCCGAAGCGG